AAUUCACUGUAAGAGAGUUCACUACGACCUUAGAUAGCCUUUCUCAAGAGUAUGUUCCUUCUCCAACUUCCUCUGUCCCUGCCAAACAUUACAGUAGCAUGACCUCAGCAGCUGGAACAACAGCUCUACCUCCUACAGAAAUGGAAAAUGAUUUUGAGCCCCCACUCUUCACUCCAAGUGAUAUUCCGUACACUACAAUUGCUACAGAGACUCAAAGUUGGUAUUCCAGAGCCAUUGCACCACCCAAAACUAAUGGGCCUAAAAUAGAGCCUUGGGGAACUCCGGUCCCCUUACCUCGCUGGACAGAGAUUGACAACAGUGAGAUUAUUAUUGCCCGAAUGCUGAGACCUGCUGGGCUUAAUCCCUCUCUGUCUACUCCUACUGAGCAGCCAUCUCAGGGCACUAGCAGUGAGCAUUCAGUGCAUUCUUCUAGCCCUCCGAUGCCCACUGGGCUGGUCAUGCUUUCUCUUUCCCCAUCAGCCUCUCCUGCACACUGGAAAAAAGGCAACUGGAGUGCUUGCUCAACAAGUUGCGGGCUUGGUGCCAUCUGGAGGUCAGUGUCCUGCAGCACUGGUGAUGGAUCAGACUGUGACUUAGCUACUAGGCCAGUGCCAGCACGCCGCUGCUACCUUCGUCCCUGCUCUGCAUGGAAAAUUGGAGAGUGGAGUAAAUGCUCGAAGAAUUGUGGUGUAGGAGUGAAGGUCAGAGAGAUUCAGUGUUAUGACACACGAGAUCAAAGGUUGCUGCGGCCUUUUCAUUGCCAGGCCAUCUCCCCCAGACCUCCUGUCCGAAUUCCUUGUAACAUCCACAACUGUUUAGAGUGGUACACAUCUUCUUGGGGGCAGUGUUCAGAGCUGUGUGGAGGUGGGGAGCCCCCAGAAACCAAGCAAGCAGGACUAAGGGAACCACCGACAUACCCGCAGUGGGACAGCGAGGUGGAGCGCAGGGACCCGACCCGGAAGGCAAAGUGUCCCGGAGUGGGUUCUGAGUGCGCGGACACUUACCUGGCUCCACAGUUGGGCAGGGUGCGCGUGAGGAGGCACCGUGUCCUCGAGCCGGGCUCUGCUGCCCGCUGGCGAAACAGGGAUGGAAGUGUUGAGGCUGUGUCUCGUACACUGCCAUCCUCACCCUCUUGGGACCCAGAGAAAUAG